UGCUGGGCUGAGAACGGCCUCUGAGAGCCUCGAGGAGAACGGGUGAGCUCGGAAUCCGCCAUGGAAGCAGUGACCUAUGAGGAUGUACAUGUGAACUUUACUCAUGAAGAAUGGGCUUUGCUGGAUCCUUCCCAGAAGAGUCUCUACAAAGAUGUGAUGCUGGAAACCUAUUGGAACCUCACUUCUAUAGGUUACAAAUGGGAAGACCAUAAUAUUGAAGAACACUGUCAGAGCUCUAGAAGAAAUGGAAGCAGGUGUGUCAUCUGUCACUCUGAAUACAAGGCAUGUGAGCAUAAGGGAUAUGGAAAGAAGCAUUGUAGUUCUGUCUCUCUCAGAGUAACUGGAAGAUAUGUGGUAGUCCCCACUAUGAGAAGACAUGAUGACUGUGAUGCGAGUUUACAAUUAAUUGGUUUAUCAACUUCAGUGGGAAUUCAUCAACAAACUCACAUUGGAGAAAAACCUUAUGAGUACAAGAAAUAUGGAAAUUCAUUUCUCUCUACUGGUUCACUGUGCACAUGUGGUGUGGCUCACAGUAUAAGAAAAUGUUGUGAAUGCAAUCUGUGUGAUCAAAUUCUGUGUUCUUCAAGUUCUCUUCAAAGAUAUGAAAAAGCUCAUGUGGGAAAAGAAAAUAAUAAAUGUGAGUCACCUACUAAAGGCUUUAGCCAUUACAGGCAUCUUCAAACACACCACACAACUAACAAUAAAGAGGCUCUCUAUGAGUGUAAUCAACAUGAUAAAGCCUUUAUAUCUGAUUGUUGUUUAAAGGUACACCAAAGAACUCAUUUGGAAGGAAUACACUCUGAGUAUGGUCAAAGUUAUAAAGUUUUUGCAUGUCCAAAUCUUCUUCAAGUAGAUAGAAUUCAAACUAGAGAGAAAAGGUAUGGAUAUGAUCAAUGUGAUAAAGUCUUUGCAUGUCCCACUUAUCUUCAAAUACAUAAUAGAAGUUAUACUGGGGAGAAAGCCUAUAAAUGCAAUCAGUGUGGCAAAGCCUUUGCUUAUAACAGUCAUUUUCUUACUCAUCUAAAAAGUCAUACUGGAGAGAAACCAUAUGAAUGUAAUCAGUGUGGUAAAGCAUUUGCACAUAAGAGCUAUCUUCGAAGUCAUGAGAGAAUUCAUACUGGAGAGAAACCCUAUGAAUGUAAUCAGUGUGGUAAAGCCUUUACAUGGAAGAAGACACUUCACUGUCAUGAAAGAAGUCAUACUGGAGAGAAACCCUAUAAAUGUAAUGAAUGUGGUAAAGCCUUUGCAAAGAAGACAAGUCUUCACAGUCAUGAAAUAAUUCAUACUGGAGAGAAGCCCUAUGAAUGUAAUCAGUGUGGUAAAGCCUUUGCACUGCAGAGUAGUCUUCACAGUCAUGAAAGAAUUCAUACUGGAGAAAAACUCUAUGAAUGUAAUCAAUGUGGUAAAGGCUUUGUCCAGAAGAGUAGUCUUCUCAGUCAUGAAAGAAGUCACAAUGGAGAGAAACCCUAUGAAUGUAAUGAAUGUGGUAAAGCAUUUGUGCAUAAGAGUUAUCUUCGCAGUCAUAAAAGAAUUCAUACAGGAGAGAAACCCUAUGAAUGUAAUCAUUGUGGUAAAGCCUUUGCACAGAAGAGAAGUCUUCACAAUCAUGAAAUAAUUCAUACUGGAGAGAAACCCUAUGAAUGUAAUCAAUGUGGUAAAGCCUUUACACGGAAGAGUAGUCUUCUCAGUCAUGAAAGAAUUCAUACUGGAGAGAAACCCUAUGAAUGUAAUGAAUGUGGUAAAGCCUUUGCACAGAAGAAAUACCUUCUUAGUCAUAAAAUAAUUCAUACUGGAGAGAAACCCUAUAAAUGUAAUCAAUGUGGUAAAGCCUUUGCACAUAACAGUAAUCUUCUUAGUCACAAAAGAAUUCAUACUGGAUAGUACCACAUGGAUGUAAUCAAUGUGGUAGUUCCAGAUGUGAGUUGCCAUGUGGGUGCUGGAAGCUGAACUGUGUUUUCUACAAGUGGUACUUGUUAGAGUCCAGCUCCAUAGGAGUUCAGAUCCCAAAGAGGAGAACAGGCAUCAGAAGAGGAAGGAGACUGCCAUGAUUUGAGGGUGAAUCAGGAUAGCUGCUGCUUCAUUGAAAAAAGAUUACAUCUUUUACACUCUGGAUGCAAAACUCAGUUAUGGCAAUAAACAUGAGUACAAUGCAAUAUUUAAGAAUCCAGGGAAUGUUGUGGCUCAGGGAAAAGCCCCUGUGUAUGGUUUUUUCUAGAGGUAAUUCAAAAGGAAGAACUCAGCUUUCUGGAGUACACAGAAGGUGUGGUAAAGGCCACAUUGGACUGAAGAAUGUAGAUCAUCAAGGGACAGACUAGGUAAACUUUUGUCAUUGGGAAG